CUCUAAAUGGAGUUUGGGGUUUCCCCUCUCGGUGUCGUUCAAGAGCCGGUGUCAGCUGCGAGGGGAAUGCCCUUACCCUCUCUGUCUCUGUCCUCAGAUUCCCUGUCUGUGCAGCGGUGCCUCGUGUUUGCUGUGCCAAUGUUGUCCCAACAGCAAGAAUUCAACAGUGACGCGUCUUAUCUAUGCCUUCCUCCUCCUCCUCAGUACUCUUCUUGCCUGCAUUAUGCUGGUACCAGGGAUGGAAGAGCAGCUGAAAAAGAUACCUGGAUUUUGUGAUGAGGGGCUUCAUACUCAGAUACCGCAUAUGGAUGGCUUUGUCAGCUGUGAUGUGUUUGUUGGAUACAGAGCUGUCUAUCGAAUCAGCUUUGCCAUGGCAGUGUUCUUCUUUCUGCUGUCUGUGCUCAUGAUAGAAGUGAAAACAAGUAACGAUCCAAGAGCCUCGGUACACAAUGGGUUCUGGUUCUUCAAAAUAGCUGCCAUUGUGGCUAUCAUGGUUGGAGCGUUUUACAUUCCUGAAGGGCCUUUCACAAGAGUUUGGUUUGCUAUUGGUAUUUGUGGAGCCUUCUGCUUCAUUCUUAUCCAGCUGGUGCUUCUUGUGGACUUUGCUCACUCCUGGAAUGAGAGCUGGGUUGAGAGAAUGGAGGAGGGAAAUUCUAAAUGUUGGUAUGCAGCUCUGCUGUCCUGUACAAGCUUGUUCUAUAUCUUGUCACUGGUUUUUGUUGUGCUCUUCUAUGUUUUCUACACGAAGCCUGAUGACUGCACUGAGAACAAGUUCUUCAUAAGCUUUAAUAUGAUCCUGUGCAUUGCUGUCUCCAUCGUUUCUAUACAUUCAAAAGUUCAGGAACAUCAGCCUCGCUCUGGCCUCCUCCAGUCCUCUGUUAUCACGCUCUACACCAUGUACCUCACUUGGUCAGCCAUGUCCAAUGAGCCUGAACGAAACUGUAACCCAAGUUUGCUGAACAUCAUAACCCAGAUCGCUACACCCACAGUUGUUCCGGCAAAUACCACUGUUGUACCUGCUACUCCAGCUCCGCCCAAGUCCCUGCAGUGGUGGGAUGCCCAGAGUAUUGUUGGAUUGGUUAUCUUUGUCCUUUGCCUCUUGUAUUCCAGCAUUCGCUCUUCAAGUAACAGCCAGGUGAACAAGCUGACACUGUCUGGGAGUGACAGUGCCAUUCUGGAGGACACUGUGGGAGCAGGCAGCGGGGCUGCAGAGGAAGGAGAAGUGCGCCGUGUCAUGGAUAAUGAGAAGGAUGGUGUUCAGUACAGCUACACCUUCUUUCACUUCAUGCUCUUCCUUGCCUCUCUUUACAUCAUGAUGACACUCACAAACUGGUACAGCCCUGAUGCGGAUUUUAAAACAAUGACAAGUAAGUGGCCAGCCGUGUGGGUGAAGAUAACCUCCAGCUGGGUUUGUCUCCUUCUCUAUCUUUGGACCCUAGUGGCUCCUCUUGUCCUUACUAAUAGGGACUUCAGUUAAAUUGCUGCACCUGUCUGAGCUUACAAAAGUGGGGAACUUUUUGCUGAAAGCCAAACUGUUCAUGUAUUGCUUUAGUUACACUGUGUUACUGUUUAUGUUAAUAGAAACAUUAAGGUGGAUAGAAAGUUAUGUAUUGCAUAAUGCUUGAUGCAGGAUGAAAGUUAUCAGUUAUCUUUUUCUAUUUUAACCUUCAGUCCUGGUUACCUUAUUGCUACGUUUUUAAAAUUCACUACAGCUGUGCUGUCAAAGCACAAAAGAAAAUCCCUGUUCUGUCCAAUAGCCGCAACCUUUAUAUUGAAUAGAAACAACAUUUAACUAAAUAAGUAAUAUAUUUUAAAGCACAAUUAUAUUCAGCAUAAUGCACUAGUAUGCUAAUGCCUCAUUUCCUGGAAAUGUAAGCCAUGCUGCUUGAUUUCUACAUUCCAUUGCAAAAGUUUAUUUAAAGCAAAAGUUUAUUUAAAUUAUACUUACCUUCCCGUGUUGUGGCAAAAAA